AUCGUUUAAAAAUCAUUAACACAGCAUCGUAGAAAGCGCAGAGCUCGAUGUAGAUCGUUUAAACAUCAUGAAUACGGGAUCGUAGAUUGCGAAAAGAUCACCGUAGCUUGUGUAAAAAUCAUAAAAACAGCAUCCUAGAAAGCGAAAAUAUCGUUGUAGAUCGUUUAAAUAUCACGAAAGCUUUUUUCAUCACUCUAUAGCUAAUAUUUUAGAAAAAGAAAAAUUCACAAUUCAAAAUUCAUGUAAAAAUAUUAACCAUGUGUAUAAUAGCAAAAUGUGUAUAAAAGAAUUUAUAAAAGCUUAAAAAAAAUUGUUUUUUUAGUUUACAUGCAUUUUGAAUAAGAAUGUCAAAUAUAGUAAACGAUACAACUUGUGGAAUAUCUGAUAUGGAGAAACCUAGAGGGCGUGGAAGAGGGCGUGGUAUGAUGCACAAAAAAGAUACUCCAAUUAAAGAAGAUCUUUCAGCUGCACCAGUUUCUAACACAUUGAAUUCUAAUAGUGACAAUAAAGAUCACUCCUCUGACCAAAGUCCUAAUAAACCAAGAGAAACUAAAGUUCGACGUACAAGAGCAGGAUUUGAACCAUAUCAAGUUAAAAAGAAGGUUGCUGUCACCCCUCCAAAAGACAAUGAAACCACCAAAACAAAGUUAUUAUCUUUAACUACUCAGGAAAAGAACAGUAAUCAUAAAACACGCUCCUCAAGCAAUAGAAAACCAAAACCGCAUAAAAAGCAUUCAAACGAAAAGCCCUCAGGUUUUCAUGGAUCUCGAAAUCAACACAGACAGAGACAGUCUUUGAUUGCAAAAACGGAAGGAAACCAUUUUCCUGAAAGGGAAGAUUGGGAUUUAGAGGCUUCCCUGCAGAAUAAUUCAAAUAAUGAUAGCAACUGUGCCAAUCCAACUGUGUCUAUGGAGGAAAAAGACGAAAAAGAAAGUUCAACGUGUAAUGGUGUCAGUAUCAAAAAUGAUGAUAAAAUUAUACUUAAUAAUAAUAAACUACAGAAAAAGGAGGAUAUCAAGAGAAAAACUCAAGGUAUUUCUUUACUAGAAUGUCCGUGCACAUGUAACAUGUCUGGUGAUAGAAUUGACAAUUGCAUUGGUGAAUGCAGAAGUAGGGAAGCAAGUCCAAGUUUAACAACCUCCAUAACUACAUUAAACUUAAACGACAGUAUUGAUAACAAGUUCUUAGUUGCCUCUCCUGUUGAGGCACAGGAGGAGGUUCCAGAACAUUCUGUUUUAGAUUCUGAUGCAGAGAAUGAAGAAGAUGGAAAUGCUUCUUUGCAAAAUAUAUCAAAUAACAAAGUAAUAACUAAACAUGAUAAUGAUAUCAUCAUGACAGAGAAUAAGAAGAAAAGUAAUGAUCUCAGAGAUAGUGAUAGUAAUAACAGUUUAGUAGGUUCAGAACCCUAUGACUUUAGAGCUGGUUUAAUUGAUUGUUUACAAAAUGAAAUAGACCGACCCUCUUCAAAAAGCUCACUUUCAAGAACCAGUAGUUCUGGGGAAUCGUCCCUAAGUAGAAAAUUUUCAACAGGCUCAGAUAGUUUGUUCACAGUAACGAAACCCUUCAAAGAAAACACUAAAAAUAUGGAUACAGCAUCUAAUUUUGACAAAGCUAAUUCAAAUCAAAUAACAACAUCUGAGACCAACCAUAAUGUAAAACCGCGAAGUCAGAUGAAUAAUAUAUUGUCAAUACUUAAUGAAAACAAAAGUAAAAGCACAGGUGAUGCACAGCAAGAUAGAGUCCAGGAUAGGCGCAAGGUAAAAAACCGAGACGAAAAAAGAAAAGAUAGAUCACCUGCUGAGAAGAGAGAUUCGCGACACAGAAAUUCCAAACAGUUAAAAAAUUUGCCAAAUAAGAAUAUAGCUGAUUCUGAAAAUACCAAUCAUAAGGAAACUUCAUCCAAAGGUGGACUUAUAGUUUUACCAAAAUCUGAAUAUAUCGAUGAAUACGAUAGAUCGACAAAUUAUAGCACAUCACCAAAGCAUGUUCAUUUUUCUGCAGAUGCAGGUCAAGAAAACCCUCCAGCUGAUAAAAAACAAAUAAUUAAUCAAUAUUUAACGGAAAUCAAAGACAAGCAUUAUCAACUUAAAAAACUGUUGGCACGUGGUUUUCAGUCUCUGGAGUCAAUUAACGUGAUGUUGCGGGCAUCAGAAAUGAUUCAGCAAAAAUAUGGAGAGUUGAUUAUAACAUACCAAGAUUACGCAUUUCGUUAUGAUUACGAGAGCUCUCUUUGGAAGAAUGCUUUUCAUAAUAUUAUUUCUUGCUUCAGAGAAUUUUUAGAGAACAAAACUGUUGCACCCUCUACAUUGCAAGAGAUUGGUAAGCAAUACUGGAAUUUUUUGCAGAAUGGUGUACAGUUUUUAGACUCGCUUACUCUCCAAUUACAAGAAGAAGGAAGAUUUGAUUUAGAUGAUUAUUUAAACGAUCCUGUAAAGAUGACAUCUUGCGCAAAACAGAUAAAGUUUGCCCUACGUAGUUGCCACCUGUUGCUUAUUUUUAUUGGUGACCUGGAACGAUACAUUGCUCAAUUGCAACAAGAAAACAACUUUGAAAAGGCACAAGUAUGUUACAAACAGGCUCAAAUAUUAGCACCGAAAAAUGGAAAAUCUUAUAAUCAAUUAGCAGUGGUAGCUGUGAUGACAAAACACAAACUUGACGCUGUGUAUUAUUACACCCGUAGCUUGCAAGCGAGCAAUCCCAUUUUAACCGCCAAAGAUCGUCUAACUUCUAUUUUCCAAGAAAUUAAAAAGAAGGCUGCAGUAUAUAGACAGAAACAUAAUACAAUUGCUGACACAGUUAUCACAUCAAAUAGUGUUGGACUUUCCUUUGCCACCUCUAACUCAAACAACUUUGAUCGAAAUACAAAAAAGAAGAAUGCAGAUCAUUUACGAGAUGAAAUCUGGAUAUUUUACCGUAAUAAUCAUAUGUUUAAAGUCAUGCUAACUGACUGCAACGAAAUCAUCAACCUCACACCCAGUUCUCAACUUGCUAAACAACAACAAAGAAAUGAAGACUUAGAAGUGAUUAUACAUGACAAAUUGACCUUGAAAAAGGUUAAUCAUGGUUUUAUUGUCCAUUUUCUGUUUCUUCAUUGCAAGUUAUACACCAACAUAGGGCUUGAAGAGUUUACCUCUGUUCAUGAAGAAACGCUAUCAGAUUUAACAACUUUAUUAGCAUAUCCAAAAGCUUCAAGUGUCAAACUCAAAAAUCUUAUGAAAUACAUGGCCAUCAAUAUUUUCAUGAUUCAUAAUUUAAUUGAGAAGCAAGAUCAUAAUGAAGUAAUAGCUGGUACAGCCUUGGAUUAUGCGAUUGUAUUUGGCAUGGACAUGUUUGCUGUUAUUUGCAAACAUUGCAGUAAUCUUCUGACUGCGGACCCAAUCAAUCAUAGCUUAGUAGUUCAAUUUCUUCCUGCUGUAAGGAUAUGGCUUCGUUGGCUAUCUCAACACUCGUCUAUUGUGGCGAAAUCGUCCGUCAGUUCGAUGCUUGAUCUCUGGGCAAGUGUUUGUGAGUUAUUGAAUGUUAUUGAAAGUGCAGAGGUGAUUGAUCCAGUUCCAAGUGAUAACGAGAAUGUCAAGAACGUAUAUUUAUUAGAAGACCUGGAUCUUGCUGGUUUUAAACCCUUGACACCUGUUCUUACUUAUCGCUCGUUGUCAAAAGAGGAGGAGGAAAUUGGGUGUUAUAACCUCCGUAUAUGUGACAUGAAAAAAUUAAUCAAUAAAAUAGAUGAACAUGGUCAAUUACCGUUUGCACUCGACGAGAGCGAGAAUGUGUAUAAGCCUGUACAGUCAACAGUAGUUUCGUCCUCACCUUCAAAAUUACCGAAAAUGUUAGAAGACGAAGAUGAAGUCGAGGUUUCUGAAGAUGUUGUGAUAGAGGACGAGGAGGAAGACUAUGGGGAUGUGUCGCAUGUUGACCAGUUAAAGACUUUGAAAGCGACGUUAACGAAACAAAUACAAGAUCAAGAAUCGCAGAGGCAAACAGCACUUGCAGUGCUGGAAAGUCACAAAUCACAAGGUCGACAUCUUUCAGAAAAUUCACCAGCUUAUUUGGUAGCAGAUACGAACUGUUAUAUCGAUCAUCUGCAGUACAUUAUACAACUACUGGAUUCGAAUGAUUUUACUCUGAUUGUACCUCUCAUCGUCCUCACUGAACUGGAUGGAUUGAAAGUGGGAUCGUAUUAUGACGAAAAGAAGUUUCAGGAAAAACAAAGGAAUGUACAAGAAUAUGCCAGAUUAUCUGUGGAUGUAUUGGAAGAUCGGUUUAGUCGGCAGGACUCCAAUAUACGCGCCAUCACUAGUAGCGGGACGGAGAUGUUAACGAUAGCGUUCCGCGCAGAAGAAUUGUCGAGUGACAGGGGUACAAACGAUGAUGUGAUUUUAUCUUGUUGUUUAAAAUACUGUGAAGAACAAAUAAUACGUACGGAAGAUGAUACUAGUGUCGUACGUCGUAACGUCGUUCUUUUGACAAAUGAUCGAAAUUUACGAGUAAAAGCGCAUACCCGUUUUGUACCAACAGUCGAUAUUGCGACGUUUAUGAAAAUGGCGAAAUUUGUUUCGUGAAAUUUCAUUUAGAGUCGUGUUUAUAUUAUAUUUUUUAUUUUUAAUGUGUAUAAAUUUCAAAUUAUCUAUCUAAAGUUUUUUGUUGUGGUUUUAUAAUACCUCUAUUACCCGAAGGAGACUGGAAACUAAUACUACACACGUGAUCAUUUGUAUGGCUAAUAAGUUUAAAAGAGUAAUUCACUGUUAAAAAGGUUUUCCAUACUACUGUCGUGCAACACGUGACUAUUAGUAUAUGGCCGUGCUUGAAACUGCUCUAUAGUCGCACGGGGAUUGCAUAAGUUAUUGUUGUUUAUUUGAUAUUUUUUGUAUAUGCUAUUACCACGUGUAAACCGGGACUUGCCUGUACUGGUCAUAGAUAUUUGUGAAAAUUGUGCUUAAAAGUAAACUGCUUUUUGGUUAGCCUUUCCGUGGUGAAUUUUUGAGGUGAACUUUUGAGGUGAAUUUGAAUGAUUUUCCUAAAAAUCCUAUGUUUAAAUGUUUGUGUUAGAACUUUAAAAGAUCAAGACAGUAUCAAAGUUCGUCUGUAUUUAUUUGUUUAUAUUCAAAUAUAAACCUCUCUUCCAUGGUUCUAAGAAGCUGUGGAAUAUAUGUGAGAAAUCUAGUCAUGUUUUAUCAUAGUUGAAAUAAAUUUUUACUGAUUCUUC